GCGGUCGUCAGCAGAGCCCCAUCAGCAGAACACCGACAUGGAGCUGCAGGGCAAGGUGGCCAUCGUUACGGGGGGAGCUUCAGGCAUCGGCCUCGAGAUGGUCAAGCACCUCCUCCAGGCGGGACUCAAGGGCGUCGCCAUCUUGGACAUGGCGGAAGCAGCAGGCAAGGCGGCCACAGCGCAGGUGGAGUCAGAGUUUGGUGCGAAGCGCGCCAUCUUUAUCUGCGCUGAUGUCACCAAAGCUGACCAGUUCAAGGAAGCAUUCAAGACUGCGUCAACAACGUUUGGAGGCCUCGACAUCGUCAUAAACAACGCUGGGAUCGGUAAUGAGGACAACUGGGAAUUGAUAAUUGCCGUCAAUGUGGCGGCGGUGAUGCGCGGCACGCUGCUGGCGCUGGAGGCGAUGGGCCGGGACCGCGGCGGCCGCGGCGGCGCCGUGCUCAACGUCGCCUCCAUCCUGGGGCUGUCCGCCAUCGCCGGCGCGCCCGCCUACGUCACCAGCAAGCACGCCGUCGUCGGCCUCGUGCGCUCGUUCGGGAUGCCAUACCACUGGGAACGUACGGGAGUGCGCGUCAUGGCCAUAUGCCCUGGCGUGACGGAGACGCCGAUGCUGGCUGGGGCAAGAGGCCCUCAGAUGUCCUCCAUGGCCCAAAUGGCCGCCCUGGAGGUGGCAGCGCUGCCACUGCAGAAGCCAGACGCCGUGGCACGAGCGGCAGUGGAGGUGCUGCGGCGAGGAGAGAACGGCUCUCUGUGGGUGUCUGAGGGCGGGCAGCCGGCCUACCAGGUGGCCAUCCCUGCCCGCGAGCAGAUGCGGGUCUGA